AAUAAUGGGAAGUUUCAGGGGUGUUUUGGUCACACAACAAAGCACUAUAUAAACUCCAUCACUUCAAGUGUGUGUCAGGCUCAGAAAAUCAAAACGGGAAAAUCACAAGUAAUACACAAGAGGCAUGGAAAAUGAACCCGCGAGUUUCUGGACUCAAGCAAACGCUCUCCUUAGGAAGAAUUUAACCUUUCAGAAACGAAAUGUCAAAACAAACAUUCGUCUCAUCAUGUUCCCCUUCCUUUUGUGUCUGUUGCUGGUUCUUCUCCAAAGCGUGUUGAACAACCAAUUCGACAAGGCUAAGAACAAGUGUGGCUGCAUUUGUACCAGGAAACAAGGGGACACGUGUCUCGAGAAGGUGUGUGCGGUUGAGUAUUCGGAUUUGGACCAAGUUGGCACGUGUCCUAUUGCCAGCCCUAUAGAAUGGCCUCCUUUGCUGCAAUUGCCGGCUCCACAGUACCGUGCUGUGAGAACGGAUCUUUUCCCCUUUACUGAUUUUCCAAACCCCUCGUGCAGGAGGAAUGGCUCUUGCCCUGUCACUAUGCUCUUCACUGGCACUAACCAGUCUUUUGGAGAAAUUAUAUCUGGGAAUAUGAUCCCAAGUGACUUCAGUUUAAACAGGUCUGAUAUUGUGGCUAGUUUGGCAACAAAUGUCAUGGGAUCAGAAUCAGCGCCAGAGUACACCAAUUUUCUGGAAUCUGCUUUCUUUUCGGAUCUUCCUAUUUAUUAUCUACAAAGUCAGUGCCCGCAGAACUCUACAUUCUCCAUUUCUGUUCCAAUAUCAGCCACUAGCAGGCAGCAAGAGGUAACAUGUGCUCAGGGUUUACGUUUGUGGCAUAAUAGUUCUUCUGAGGUGAACAAUGAGCUAUAUAAAGGUUAUCGUAGAAGUAACCCAGAGCGACAGAUCAAUGAGAUAGCUGCAGGUUAUGAUUUUUUAAAUUCAAAUGGGAGUAUAUUUAAUGUCAGCAUAUGGUACAACUCAACCUACAAAAAUGAUACAGGCUUUAAUCAAAUAUCAUUGACGCGUGUUCCUCGUUCCGUAAAUUUGGUAUCGAAUGCCUACCUUCAGUUUCUGUUGGGACCUGGUACCAAAAUGUUGUUUGAGUUUGUAAAGGAAAUGCCUAAACCUGAGACCCCAAUUAAGUUUGAUUUGGCUUCUCUUCUGGGUGCUCUCUUCUUUACAUGGGUUGUCCUGCAACUUUUCCCGAUUGCCUUGACAUCGCUAGUUUAUGAGAAGCAACAAAAAUUAAGAAUCAUGAUGAAAAUGCAUGGUCUUGGUGAUGGGCCAUAUUGGAUGAUUUCAUAUGGUUAUUUUCUUGCAAUAUCCAUUCUCUACAUGCUGUGUUUUGUGAUAUUUGGCUCAGUCAUAGGGUUAAAUUUCUUCAGAAUGAAUGACUACAGCAUCCAAUUCGUCUUUUAUUUCAUCUAUAUAAAUUUACAAAUUUCACUGGCAUUUUUAUUGGCUUCCCUGUUUUCAAAUGUUAAAACCGCUACAGUAAUUGCAUACAUAGGUGUGUUUGGAAGUGGGCUAUUAGGUGGCUAUCUUUUCCAAUUUUUUGUUCAAGACACAUCAUUUCCGAGAGGGUGGAUCAUUGUUAUGGAGUUGUAUCCUGGGUUUGCUUUAUAUCGUGGGUUAUAUGAGUUUUCGCAAUAUGCCUUUAGUGGGGAUGCUUUGGGGACUGAUGGUAUGCGCUGGGGUGAUCUGAGUGAUGGCACAAAUGGCAUGAAAGAAAUCUUAAUUAUCAUGUUCGUGGAGUGGCUACUGGUGCUUUUCUUUGCUUAUUAUAUCGAUCAAGUUUUGUCAUCAGGAAGUAGGAAAAGUCCUCUUUUUUUCUUGAAAGGAUUUCAGAAAAAGCCUCAUUCAUCUUUUCGGAAGCCUAGUAUCCAAAGGCAGGGAUCUAAGGUUUUUAUUCAGAUUGAGAAACCUGAUGUCAAUCAAGAGAGGGAGAAGGUGGAGCAACUACUACUUGAACCAGCUCUUAAUCAAGCAAUUGUAUGUGACAACCUGAGAAAGGUCUAUCCGGGGAGGGAUGGUAACCCCGAGAAAAUUGCAGUGAGAGGGUUGUCCCUUGCUUUACCUCAAGGGGAAUGCUUUGGUAUGCUUGGACCCAAUGGUGCUGGAAAGACUUCUUUUAUCAAUAUGAUGAUUGGUCUCACGAAGCCAACCUCUGGUACAGCAUUUGUUCAAGGUCUUGACAUAAGAACUCACAUGGAUGGAAUAUAUACCAGCAUGGGUGUAUGCCCACAGCAUGACUUGCUGUGGGAAUCCCUUACCGGAAGAGAGCACCUACUCUUUUAUGGAAGACUUAAAAAUCUCAAAGGUUCAGCCUUAACACAAGCAGUGGAAGAAUCGUUGAAAAGUGUAAACCUUUUUUAUGGAGGUGUUGCUGAUAAACAAGCUGGAAAAUACAGUGGAGGAAUGAAGAGGAGGCUUAGUGUAGCAAUUUCUUUGAUUGGAGAUCCUAGGGUUGUUUAUAUGGAUGAGCCAAGUACUGGAUUAGACCCUGCAUCGAGAAAGAACUUAUGGAAUGUUGUUAAGCGUGCAAAACAGGAUCGUGCAAUCAUUCUUACCACACAUUCCAUGGAAGAGGCAGAAGUCCUAUGCGAUCGAUUAGGAAUAUUUGCAGAUGGUAGCUUGCAGUGCAUAGGAAAUCCAAAAGAGUUGAAAGCCAGGUAUGGAGGAACUUAUGUCUUCACGAUGACAACAUCCAUGAACCAUGAAAAAGAUGUAGAGAAUUUGGUGCAACAGCUCUCCCCAAAUGCUAACAAGAUCUACCAUAUCUCUGGAACCCAAAAGUUCGAGCUACCAAAGGAUGAGGUUAAAAUAGCAAAUGUAUUCCAAGCUGUUGAAACUGCAAAGAGAAGCUUCACGGUUUCAGCGUGGGGUUUAGCUGAUACAACAUUGGAAGAUGUCUUCAUUAAAGUUGCACGUGGAACUCAGGCAUCUGACACCUUGUCAUAAUUUCAUACUCAUACGUAUUAUAAUUGUAUUAUGUACAGGUUAAAUAUUAUAACAUGUAUAACUGGUGUGUAUGUAUAUAGCCACGUUUUUUUUGGGUUAGUUUUUGUCAUAUUCUUUUGACACCCUUUUUUCCAAAAUAAAAUAAAAUCUUGGCUUCUUCA